UUUAGAACAAUCUAGUGCACUGGCUACACGUUGUGAGAGCAGCAUAGCCCUAUUUAUUUACAUUUUUUUUAACAAGCAACUGAAUUUUGUAGCUAAAUUAUGUCCACCACGGCAAGCGCAACUAUGGCGGCGGAGAGCGCCGACACGACGGACCCAGCGUCCGCGCUGACGGAAGCACAGCAGGAGCCUAUCUUCAAAGAAAUUAAUGCAGAGCAGGCAGUGGAAGUGGUCGAAAUCGAAUCGGCCUGCAUGAGCUGCUUCAAGACUGGCACCACUCGGUUGCUGCCGACGAAGAUACCCUUCUUCCGAGAGGUGGUGCUCAUGUCCUUCAAGUGUGAGCACUGCGGGUUCACGAAUAACGAAAUGCAAUCGGCAUCCGAAAUACAAAAGCAUGGAAUACGCAUCGAACUGAAAGUGGAGAAGGAAGCGGAUCUGAAUCGUCGUGUUGUUCGAUCGGACAAUUCCAGCAUCAGCAUACCAGAAGUGGAGCUAGAGAUACCCGUGCAAUCACAAAAAGGUGAGGUGACCACCAUUGAGGGCAUCAUUGAGCGCACCAUAACGGGCUUGUCGCAAGAUCAGGAGAAACGGCGAAUUGAGCAUCCCACGGAGGCCGAGUCCAUCGAUGCCUUCAUCGAUCGCUUGCGUGAUCUAAAACUGGUGAAGAAACCUUUCCGCGUGCUGCUCGAGGACAUCUCGGGCAACAGUUUUAUUGAGAAUCCCUUGGCACCCGCCAGCGAUCCACAGCUGAAAACGAGCCACUUUGCGCGGUCGACCGCCCAAAACGAGCAGCUCGGCCUCUAUGAGCAAAAUCACGAGGAUCAGCAUCUAUUGAAGCCCAUUGCCGAGGACUCGUGGCCAAUUGAGAAUCUGCAUGGCGAGGUGCUGCAGUUCUCCACCAACUGUCCCAACUGUCAUGCACCGUGCGAGACGAACAUGAAGCUGACCAAUAUACCGCACUUCAAGGAGGUGGUCAUCAUGGCCACCGUCUGCUCGAGAUGCGGCCACAAGACGAACGAAGUCAAGUCCGGCGGUGGCAUCGAGCCGGAGGGAGUGCGAUUUAAGUUGCGAGUCGAAAGCAAAGAGGAUCUGACUCGAGAUGUGCUGAAAUCAGAAACGUGCAGCUUAUCGAUACCAGAGCUGGACUUGGAUGUGGGACCCAAUGCUCUUUGCGGGCGGUUUACCACCGUCGAGGGCCUACUAGUGGCCAUGCGCGAGCAACUGGAUGGCACCUUGUUUCACGACUCGGCCGAUGAACCGUCCAGGCAGCAACUGGAACGCUUCCUAACCACGUUCGAUAAGGUUAUCAAAUUGGAGCAGGUAAUUACACUCGUGCUGGAGGACCCAGCCGGUAAUACCUAUGUACAAUCGCUCUCGGAUGACGAUGAGCCGGAUGCCAAGCUCAUUGUGGAAAGAUAUGAGCGGAGCUUUGAGGACAACGAGGAGCUUGGUUUGAAUGACAUGAAAACUGAAAACUAUGAGCAAAAUGCGUGAUUGCACGACAUUUCUGUACUAUAUCUA